AAGAUACGCUACAACAAAUAUGAGAUCAAAACAAAAAGGCAGAAACAUGGAUGCACCAGAUCUAUUUGACGAAGAACCUGCAUUUAAACGGCAAGAAGUAAGACGUUCUCAAAUGUCACUAGACACCCUAAGAACAAUAGCAGAGCAACUAAAUUUGGAGACCUCUGGGAAUAAGACGGACCUUGUAAAAAGAAUUACUUUAAAUUGCACAAGGAAUAUGCCGCAACAAUCAGUACCAUCAUCCAGUACAGUUAAUGUAUAUCAGGAAGACGUAGACAAUGAUACUUUGGCAACGGAAUAUUUUCGUUCGGAUAAUCAACAACAAAGAGGAAAUUCAUUUACUGAAUCUUCAUCUGACCAGAGUGAUGUAGAGACAAUCACCCGUAAGAAACAAAAAACUAAACCAUCAGAAAUGGUGGCUUUUUUAACCGAACUAAAGAAGUUAAGGAAAGACAUGAAUAAUAUGAAUAUGAGGGUAGAAGAAACACGUACAAAAUCCAAAAUAGAUGACGAGUGGCCAGAGCAAAAUUUCGAAAAACAAAGAGACCAGCAUGAAUACGACACAAUAAGGGCUAUAGGUAAAGAACUGGAUUUGGCGUUGAACGCUCUUUCAGUAGAUGAAGCGUUAGAAUAUAUAGAAUCGGCUAAGAAAAGAGUGAAAGACAGAUUGACCACUUUGAGAGUAGUUAAAAAAUAUGGAUGGGAUGUAGCGGUAGAGUUACCUCUAUCAAAAGAUGAUGAUUUUGUAGAACAAAGAGAAGCGAUAGAGAAAGCACAGCAAAUUGCGGCAACAAAAAGGAAAGGGAAAAUAGAUAUAAAGAGCCCACAAGACCAAUCUAUAAUAAAAGAACAUUCAGCAAUGAACAGAACUCAAGGAAUAACGGGAAGGACUUUAACUGCUAUAACUGCGGCGGUUUCGGACACUUGGCAUUUAACUGCCCUUCAGCAAAAAACCAAAGGCCAUUUAACCAACAAGCAGAAUCAGAUAAUUCAAGAAACAACAGUUAACUACACUCGGGCCAUAGAGAUAAAUGUAAUUGGCCGGUUAAACCACCCCUCAUCAGUCGCUUAUUGGGAAAACAAGAUAAAGGCAUCUCCUCUAAUUAUUGGGUGGUUGACAAAUGGUUUUCCCUUGUUUCCUCGAGGACUUCUUCCUUUGGCAGCUCUUCCAGAACAAAGACAAUACACGAUGAAUCACGAACAAACAGAAUGGAUA